AUGUUUGCAGUCUACUCAACAGAAGAAAUGUCAAUUGAACCAACUGAAUCACAAAUAACAGUAGUAAUCGAAGGGUUCUUCAAGACUACUGUGACUUGGUCGCUAAUCAGGUUUCUUCAAUACAGAAAAGAGGUUGACGAUUUUACGUACUCUAAAAGACAGGAACAUAGGUUGUACAGGUCGGCUUUGAAAGCGCUUUCCGGUGAUCAAGCUGAAACAAGUCUUCUCAAUUUUGAAGCUGUUACAACCAGAUGCCUUCGUCCCAUUGGUUGUUAUCCUUCGUCUGCCAUAACGCAACCAGAUGCCUUCGUCCCAUUGGUUGUUAGCCUUCGUCCCAUCAAGCAAAUUAAUAGUGAUCUUUAUUUGGAAGUUGCUUUGUCAUUAGAUGAGAAAUCCUCCGAAAUUGUAAAAAGUUUCUGGUUAUUGAUCGAUAAGGAACGCUCUAAACAUGAAAUUGAGAAUAUACAGUUGGACUAUACCAAACGUGUGUUGAAUGAUACCAACAAUGAAACGCAUCAAAUACGUACUGUGGCAACUAAUAAUGCAAUAAAAACACUAAAACAUGCGUUAAAAGGUGAUGAAAGUAAUAGGGAAAAAAAGAAAAAGUCUGUAAGUGGAAAAGAAAGAGCACAUUGCCCAGACUCUAGUCGUACUAUACCACUAUCACAACAAUCGGAAUUCAUUAACAGCGGUUGUACUACACCAUCACCACAUAGCCCAGCAUUAAACUGUUCACUGGUAGAGCCCCCAAUGCUCGUUGAUCGUAUCAACAAUCCAUUUAUAGAGAAAGAUGAGGUAGAUGACAUCUUGGUAAUAGACGAUGUUGAUGAUCUGUGCUUUAUGGACGGAGACCCAGCUGAUGAUUAUAAGAUAGAAGAGAUCAAUGUGUCUCAUUUGUUCCGGAAGUAUCAGAAUAAUUCUAUAAAUAUUUCAAAAACAGAAGGUUUAUUUGUCGAGUCAAAUAUCCAUGAGAUACUUUCACUUUCAUCGAUUUUCUUGCUUAUCCCUGAUUCUCACUCAAGAAAGAUGAUCGAUAUAUUUGGUUCUCCACUAUUAGAUAUGAUUCACCAACGAAUUAUUCCGACACAGCAAACUGCAUUGGAUGCAGAGUGUGAAGCAAAGUUCAGGGACGCAAUAAAGCGAGUAACAAAAGAAUCGUUUAGUCAUGCUACGGAUUGGUUGAUGGCUGAACUUUCCAACAAUAACCAUUUGAAGGAUAAUAUGGGCUUUAUAAUCCUGGACUGUUUAAGGACAUUGCCUUUUACGAAAAUCAAAAAUGAUCCUAGUGAAAUGACAUUGGUAACAAACUACUUAGAUCGCAUAAUGAGGGGGAUGUUGCAUGAUCCAAACAUGCACAUUAUCGAAUGGCCCAAUAUGGGUCUUGAUGAAAGCAAGGCGAGAAAGUCGGAAGGAAGAGCUAAACAACCGGACUUCGUAGUAUCUGUGAUUCAUCAAUUACAGAUAUGCGGUGUCAUAUUUGUGGGCGAAGUAAGCCCACCUUCGGAAAAGAACAAUGUAUACAAAAAUUGUAAGGAUCUAAUUCGCAUUGGCGUUUUCAUGAAAGAUUGUUUAGAUGUAGGCAUAGAAAAGGGUGCGGACUUGAAGGUCUUAGGUUUUCAAUGUGUCGGUAGGUACAAGAUGGAUUUCUAUGUGAUGGACCUCAUCCAUGGAAUGUAUAUGAUGACCCAUAUCGGCCAAGUGUACAUUCCUUCUUCUAUCAAAGAAAUGAAUUUAUUUGUCAAUGAAGUAGAAACUCUUUUAAAAGUGCGAGAGAUUUUUUGCAAGUCAUUUGAUACUUUAUACAGUAAACUUUGUAACCCAAGCCCACCAUCACCAAAGGCAAUCUUCAAACGUAGUACCCUCGGUACACCAAAAUUUAAUGAACUUGUGAAUAAGACACGAAACUGUCACAGGAACUGUCCGAUGUG